AUGGCAACAUAUUCUGUUGGUAAUUUCUCUGAGUCUGCAAUCCCAUUUUAUGGUUGCAAUAAAGCUAUGAGAAUGUUCAUUUUAAACUCAACUGAAAACCCUAAAAGAAGAUUAUGGAAGUGUUCAAAUUUGGGAUUACGUUGCAAGCUAUUCAUCUGGGAUAAUGAGCUUGAAUGCAGCACAUCAAGUAAACACAAAAACUCAAUUGGAUGCAAUUGCUCAGAUGUAGUUCAAGAAUUAGGGUGCAUCAUUAAAGAUCUUGAAGAUUGGAAAAAAGAGAAGAUGAAAAUGAAGUUGGAAAACGAAAGGAAGAAGGCCAGAAUGUUGAAGCUUUUGUUGACUUUUUCAUGGUGUCUCUUCUUUGCCUACAAGAAAUGGUAG